UAGCAUUCUUUGAACUUUUGAAGCAACCGCAAAUAAUAUUUUUAGGGUUUAUGUAUAUCUGUGAAUAAGUGCUGCAGUUGAAUUACUAAUAAGCAUCUUUGUCAGCACUUCAGUGUUGAAAGAAGAAGAAGAUUGUUUACACACUGUGGUGGUAAAGUGGAUCGCGCUACCCAAACAUCGUUGUUUAACCCACAGCACCAUGAAAAGUUCAUCUUUAUGCAAAGCAAGUCUGUCAGCUACAGGUUUCCAGCUGUCUCAGUUGCCAUGCAAAAACAAAGCUCUGGCAGAUGAAAAUGCUAAUCUGCGAGCCAAAGUAGCACAGUUACUGGAUGAGAAAGAAAAGUGGCAGAUUAAAUAUUGCAACCUCCAUAUGAAAGUUUCAGAUUAUACAAAAUACAGGAAGGAUGUAAAACAGUUUCUACAAAGGAUGUUCUUUUAUCUUCAGAAUUUUCUUGCGGUCCGAGAUAUGCUUGACCAUAUGUUGCAACAGGAAACAGAGUAUGAAGAAAUGGAACAUCAUAAUACAAAAGCAAAAUCAAAAUCUGAACCAGAGCGAUUGUUGAAGGAUGAAAACAAUGAGUUAGUGAGGAAAGAAGAGCAGCAGCAGCAAAAGCAGGAACAGCAGCAGCAAAAGCAGGAACAGCAGCAGCAACAUAUACAACAGAUUCAGUUGCAAAAUACAUCUGUCGGUGCUGUUUUGCAGCUAUCAUCAAAGCAUAACCAGACACGAAAAUGUGUUUCAGAAAAGAUAGGGGAACAUCAUCUUCACCAUCCAAAAGACAACACAGAAUUCCAGUCAAAAGAAGUACACCAAAAUGAUCAACUGAUUGGCUUUGGUCAUCUUUCACAGCAGGAUAAGGCAUGUUCAUUGACAGAAGAAAAACAAUUACAAAAUGUAGAAAAAGAGGAAGUGCUAUUGAAUGAAGCAAUGCAGAAAUCGAGGUUAUCAAACGAAUUACAAGAGCACCAAAGAAUCUGUCUCAAUUUGAGUGGUGGAAAUGAUAAAUUAAAGUAUUGUAGUAGUGGCAAGGAUUUAAAACUGAACCUUCCAGAAGAUCAGUUACUUCAGCUUCAGAAAACUGUUUCACAGAACUGUUAUCCACCAAAAUGUGAUUUUCUUCUCAAAGCAAGUCAGCUGUACAAGGAAAAUGAACCACAACAACCAUUGAUCAAAGUCCAACAAGACUCAGUAUCAGAUCAUUUCUGCCAAGAAAAGGAUUGCAAGGCAUGCAAUCAAAGAACAAUUCAUAUUAAGGAAAUGGAACAACAGGUAUUGGAACAGCAAAUACCAGAAGAUAAAGGUCACCAGUCAUUGGAGUCAGCUAGUAGAACACAAUACUGUGAAUGUGCCAAGCAGCAGCACGCAGGUCUACAGAGAAAGCUGCAAACAGAACAUGAGCACCUAAACAGAGAUGUACAGAGAGAGAAAUUCUUGACAGCACAAAAACUGAGUUUCGCAGAUGUUCAAGGUCAAAUCAUAACUGAUCAAGCAAGACAGCCAGCAGAGGAUCAAGGUCAGCAAGAUGCACUGAACCAAGGAAUGAAGCCUACUGUAAAUAAAGAGGAGCCACCAAGAAAUAAACAAGAUAAUAAUUUCUUCAUAGAACACAUAAGAGGUACAGAGCAGCAGACACGCACUAUGGAACAAAGGAAGCACCUUACAAUGAAUAAUGGGGGCCACUUGAGCACACACGGUAGUCCCAAAUCUAUGACCAUUAAUGAACGGCAGUUCACUAAUGAUGUAGAUUGUCCAUUUUCAUCUGAUAGAGAACAACUAUUCCCUAUAGAAAACAGAUUGCAAAUUAAUGUCCAAAAGCCUCUGCAGUCAGUUGAAGAAGAAAAACGAGGAGAUAAGCGAAAGUCAAGAGAGUAUCUAUCGUCAAUAAAUGAUGAACUGCAUUCUGUCGAAAGAGUUGAAGGAAAAAAUACAGUAAAUCAAGAGACUACUGUUGGAAUGCGCCAGCAGCUUCCUGUUAAAUUAUGCCACUUGCUUCCUGCUUCACUGCAUGCAGCUCUGUCAUUUGGGAAAGGCCAGAACCUCUACCAGAAUGAAGGAAAACAACAGUCUGCAGAAAUUGAACUGCAGCUUUUUCCAGAAAUCAAAGAACCUCCUAUGGUUAAUAGACUCAGAUGUGAAUGUGGGGAGCAACAUAUUGUAAAGCAGUUGAGUAAACAACAAGGUCAGGAAAACAAUGUAAAAGGACAACAGCUUGUUUCAAUAGAAGCCCAACACCGAAAUAAUUUCCCACAUCCUUUUGGUUCUGCGAAAUAUCUGCAGCAGCCCACUGUUGAGCAAAAUCGACAGCUCAUUACAGUACAUGGGUGGCAUCUCACUCAUUACCAACUGAGUGGUGAAGCAGUUCAACAAUCUGCAAUGGAGAAAGAAUCCUCUCUUACACAAAUAAAAAAACAACAAAUUUUGGGAAAAGAGCAGUCACACUGUGCAGAACAAAAAGAGCAAUUGAUAAAAAUAGACCAACCAUUUACAGUACACCAACAUCACAAGUUAAGGUCUGGUAAAGAGCAGGAAGCGAUUGUUAAUCAAGGACUGUAUACCACAACUUAUCAACAGCCUCGGAUUGUGUCUGGUCAACAACAAUCUUCUGUAUCUAAUAAACUGCAACCAGGCUUGGGAAACAAAAAUCAGAAAUUGACAAACAGACAAAUAAAUCAAGUUGGUUGUGACAAAGAACUGAAGCUGAAAGCAAAAAGAAGAAAACAGUUUGACAAAGAAGAGGGGCUGGUUCCUAACACAGAACAAACAAGGCCGUUUGCUGGAGAGCAUAUACAGCAAAUCACUGUAAAGAAAAUGUCAGAACUUGUCUCGAGAUAUGAACGAGGGCAACCAACACUAAAUCAAGGGCAGCAACAGGAAACGCUGAAACAAGGCAAGCAUUUACAAAGGGAACAAGGCCAACAUCCUACAGGGGAACAACCCCAGCAGUCAGUAAUCGAAGAAAUCAAGGGGCUAGCUGAAAGUGAGGAUUGUCAGCAACCAGCUGUGGAACGAGCAGAAGAGGGGCCAGUGGAAAGAUUUGAGCAGUCUUUCACAAAAAAAGCUCUAGGAUUGUCAGCAGAGCUUAGCCAAGAAAUUCUAAUGCAAACAUUUCAGGACACCGUAACAAAAGAAGUUAAGUGGCUACCAACAAAACAAUAUCAGUGUGUAAUGACUGGGCAAGAGUGGAAGGUAAAGGGACUUCAAGAACAAUCAACUUCAACUUCUCACUGUGAGAAAGAGCUUCAAGAACACUCAUCGGUAUUUUUACUGUCAGAAUUAAGUAAAACAGGUUUUGAAACAUCAUUUAACAGCAGUGCGCACUCCGUCCUACACCUUACAAAGAAAAUUCAGCAGAUGAGCACAAUGAACAACACAGGUUUUGAGACAACAUGUAACAGCAGCACCCAGUCUGUCCUACGCUGUGCAAAGAAAAUUCAGCACAAAAGCACAUUGAACAGUGCAGCGUUACAUGUAAGUUAUAUGGAGGACUCAAUUGUUAAAAGGAUACCAGUCAUUACUGAAGCAACCAUUUGCAAAACUUUGGAUCAACAUAAGGUGUCACAUCCAGAAAGUCUUGAUACACUGUAUAACAGGAUUGGACGCCCAAGGAGAAAGUGUACUGUUGGUGUAAAUUAUUUCAUAUCACCAUAAAAUAACUAUUCAGGUACAUUCUCUUUCACCAUGCGAGCCUCUUCAUUGAUAAAUAUAACAACAGUGUAAUAGUAUGUAAAAAUUAUUUUUACCAACUUCGAGCAUCAGAAAUUUACGUGGUUUUUUUUAUGUAAGUUCAAACUUUUAUAUAGUUUAGUUGUAUGUAAAAUGUUAUACAUUAUCCAUGUCCUGAUAUAAUCAACCACUAUGCUAAGUAAGUGAAUAGUGGACUGUACUAGAUGUUUUUGUUACAUGAUAUUUAUUUAUGUGCUUCUUUAAAUGCUUUGAAGAUUUAUUUGUACCUUAAAAAGGGAUAUUGUAAAAAUUAUAAAAUUUCAUAUAUGUGGAAUUUGUAUUUAUCAUUAUAAACACACAUUUCAAUGAAUGAUCAAAAGCGAUGUAUGUGCACAAGCUGAAGAAGUAUAAAUUAAAUUUUAUUCAUUGAAACAGUAUUUGUACUUUUUAUGAAUGCACCAAGUGCAUAUAUGCUCAAGUGGUAUAAAAUAAAUUUUAUUCCUUGAAACAAU